CAUCACCACACAAUCACCUGAAGAACCAAAGCAGCAAACAAAAAAAUCAUUAAGUGAAGUCAGAUCUCGAAAAAGAAUUUACAAAAACGAAACCAUGGGGGAAUCAAAGAAGAAAAGCAGAUCAAUGGCAACACAAAGAGCUUGGAGUCUUGUUAGAAUGGCUCUUCUAUGGGGAAGAAAAGGUGGAAUCUUCAAGAGAUGGCACAUGUUCGAGCUCCGCAACUUGUUCUCCAAGCAUCUCAGAGCCCUAGCUCAUCAUAAUAGCGUUGACAACGACCGUUAUAUCUCACGUUACGGCGAGAAACAGCUCUCUUUCGACGAGACUCCCAUCUUUAACGUUAAGAUGCAUCGUCCUGCAUCCAUGAGGUUCCUCUUGCCUUGCAUUGAUCCUCCCGUUGACUUUGACUACGACUUCGAAUUGGAUUGUCAAGAUGAUACUGACGAUGUUAGAUCCUACGGCUACUACGAUGGUUCUUGUAAUGAGAAAUUUGAUCGUUCGGCUAAUGAUGAUCAAGAAGUGGAAGGAGAGAAGGGUGUUGAUGUGAGAGCAGAGGAGUUCAUUGCUAAUUUCUAUGAGCAGAUGAAGUUGCAGAGACAAAUCUCUUAUUUGCAAUACAAAGAACACAACGAAGUCGAAUGAUGAGUAUUAAACAUGUCAAGUUAAU